AUGGCGUAUUCGGAUGACCCGGAGGACAGGAUAGCUGCGAUGGAUAAUCUUUGUCCGUGCCACGUUCGCAGACGGAUUGAUGCCGUAUGGGAAGCACUAUACCGUGGGCUUCAAGACCCCGACAUCAACGUUCGCAAGGCAGCGUGGCAUAUCCUUGACGAUGGCGGGCGACCGAACGAUCCGCAGUUGCAGCCAAUUCUUGAGAAGAUUGCAAAGAAAGAAACGGAUUCAAAACUACGCCAACGUGCAAUAGAUCUCAUUCAGUCUGUUAGACAGUUGGAGGAUAAGCAUCAGGAAUUGGCGGCACAGGGGGCGGAUUAUUUUCGUGGGAAAUGUGACUGGUGUGGUGAGGCAAACGUACAGGUAACCUACGAUUAUGAGACAGAGCUUGAUGGCACUGGUGGACAGAAAAGAUUUGCCCUAAUGUGUGCCGAUUGUGCCGGCGUAUCGCGUUAA